AUGACGACACAGCACUUGCAUGGAGGAUCCCUGGACGCGUCCCGGCUGACGCUGCGGCCUGCCGGGCCGCUCGACCUGGUGGACGCGGGCACCCAGGUGGACCUCUCGGCCGACACGAUCGCCUACGACUCCGACGAUGACAUGAUGAAGCGCAAGAUCAGCGCGCUGCGCAGCCGCAAGGGCCACCCGAUCUACUCGCGCGAAGACAUCCGCGAACAGUACUGCAUCACGCGCAAAGAGAUUGCCGUACUCGACGACAAAGGUGCCACCACCCGCAGCCUGUUCGGGUGCCUGGCGGCGCAGGGAGCAGCCGGAGGAGGAGGCGGCGGGAGCCCCUGCAACGCGGCGCUCUUCUCGUGCGUCCAGCGCGCCUCGAGCGACGAGAACAUUCCGCCGCCUCCGACGACGCAGCAAGGCGGUGGAAAAGACGACGACGACGACUUCGCCAGCUCGGGCUUUCGGCGGCGGCCCAAGCCCUUCUGCUUGCAGGACCCGAAGCUGCGCUUUAGCAACCUCGACGCGGCCGAUAGCGACUCGGUGCGCAUCGUGGUUCACUCCCGCUCCUUCUCGGCGCGUCCCAGACUGCAGAGUUGCAACAGCUACGGCAGCACGAGCCAAGGCAGCCUGGCGAGCAGCAGCAACCUGAGCUACGUAUCGCGCUGCGCGUCCCGACCGUCCAACUUGAGCUUCCAGUACGACGGGGUCACGCUGGGCCAGUGUCACAGCGUGGACGCCCUCAACGAUGCCUCCACGUGGAGGCGUCGCAGCGACGGCGGCGUCGCGGUGCCUGACGCGCUUCUCGACGACCGCCGGCCGAAGCACGUGAGCUUCGACUCGAACGCGCUUGUGCGCAGUAACACCGUGGCCGGCGGACUGGAGGACGUCGAGCUCAGCCUCGGGGGACCCGCCGCCACGUCCACGCCGCUGGGGCGCCGCGCCGUAUCAACGCCGGACGGUUCCCAAGAAAGGCUCUUGGACGCUCGUCAUUACCAAGAUUCUUUCGAGAGAGCUUCGUUCGGUCGCCGACGGGCUCUGGUGAAGACGCAGGCCACGCAAACUGAAACCGUGUGCAGGACCAAGGCGUCGCUGCCCGCCUACCUCACCCUGUCACCGCGGGCAGCGCGCGGAGCGAAGCACAAAACAGCCCGGCGGCGUAAGGUCAAGGACGCUCGCCGGGCUGGCACGUCCGUGAGUGACGACAGCGACGACGACGUCAUGGAGGUCGACCUGGUGAGCAAGCAGCAGAGGCUACUUCCAUCUCCCAAGCCGCAUAAGCAGGGAAAAACCAAGCAAGAUUCGUUGGUCACCAAUAAGUACGAAGAUGGUGGCUUCCAAGCGAAAAGUCCCCGCACUAAAGGCCAGAUGGAAGAACUCAGCAGGGCACUCUGUAAGAUUGACCUGCUGAGAGAAACCAGGGGCAGUUCGAGGCCUGCUCCCGUUGGCCACGAGGACGCCAUGGUAAACAGUAGGCGAGAUAGUAAUUACCAUUCAGGACCGCGAGUGGAACAUCAGUCGAAUGUCAAUCUAUGCCCAUCCAAGGAAUCCCAUAGGAGAGAAGAAAAGCGAAACACUCACCCCGCGCAACCUGAGGGACUCACGUCUCCGGAAAGCGAGUCGUCUAGCAGUCAGUUCACUGAGCGCGAAUCCUCGCGGAGCGAACGUUCCACCAGCAGUUCUGGACCUGCCGUGGCGGCCAAACUGCGAGAGGCAAACGCAGAUGCCGGCCGGCAGGACACGACCAGCGAGAGCACCUCUGAAUACGUCACGGCCACCGAGCACUCGGCAAAAGCACGGGAGUCGACGGAAACGAGUAGCACCAGCCAGGCCCGCCGCGACGGCACUGACACGUCCUUCGAAACAGCGUCGUCGGCGAGCCUUUUCAGCUCACCUUCGUCCAGGAACGGUGCAUGUACAAAAACUCCUUCUCCCAGGGCCUCCUCGAGGGACGUGACUCACGAUCCGGACGAAGCGGCCAUGUCUUCCGAAGAGACGGAGAAAGGCCACAAUGACUCCUCGGACGAAUCGACCAAAAAGGAAGAGCAACUUCUCUCAUCAGAGUCCGGCGAGUACUCACUCGGACGCGCAGAAGGAGUCGAUGAUGAAGAUGAAGACAGGACAGACAAGUCGGACGACGAGGAAGGUGCUUUAGAAAGAGACGCCGACAGCAGACCCGCAUCUCAAGCCGACGAGUUUUCCGAAUCCGACGCGCCACCCCGCCAGUCGCCCGAUAUGAUGCGCACGGCGUUCUUCGAGCAGGGAGGGCCAUGCUCGUCCCAAAACGAUGAAGACCCCGACGACAUAGAGCCAAUGAUGAUGCCCUUGAUGACGUUCCGAGACGUCCAGAACGCAAUCAGUCGCUCGGAAAUUCGACAAUACGACGAGCUGUCCACCGUGUCCGAGGUGUCCGAAGAAAACAGCAACUCUGACCAGCAAAUCACUGAACGGUAUCAGCCACCGAUGCCAGACGUCAUCAGCAAAUCCGAGACCCCUCCGCCUCCUUUGUCACCCCCACCCACAGAAGAGCGACAGCCGUCUGAGGGACGGGCCGCUCUUGAACAACGCCCACCUUCGGAAGGACGACCCCCUCCCAUAGAGGAACCAGCAAUGGCAGAGCAAACGGAAUCACACGAGUGGCAAGCAGCCACGGAGUGCCUGCAUUCCACUUCUUCGUCCGAGUACCUCGACUCCGAAGUGGCAACUCCGAGCUUCGACAGUGCCACGACAUCGUGCAGCUUCAACCUGGACUUUCCAUCGUCGGCUGCAGCGGAGCUCUCGCUAGACACGACCAGCCACGCGUCCAACGUCUCCACGACCACGACCGACUCGGAUAGCAAAAGUGUGGUGGUCGCCGAGAGUGAGUUAGCGCGCAAUGACGACACCGACGUGACGGACAGCUCCAUGUCGACGAAAAACACGGCACGCCGGCGACCGCCAGAGGCGCCGAGGCAGCAGCCGGAUGGCGGCGGCGCCAUCCCCAAGCUUCAGGGGGUCGUCGGUAGCAGCGGCAGCGUCGAGCAUCGACGCCGGCGGGAGCGCGCCUCUCGCGUCCGCUGGGAGGUGCUAGAAGCUGCAUGCUCCGCUCAGGUGGCGACUUCCGUCGAGGACCUCUGGACGCGGCACCGGGAGCUUCAGGGGCGCCGUUCGCGCUCCCUCCCUCGCAGUCCCGAGAGCAGGGGCCGGGACUCGGUCGUGUGCAGCCAGUGCGGUGAUAGAGUGCGCGAACACCGCGUUCCCGGGCCCUACUCUUGGGAGCGGCCGCUGAGCAGAGGACUCUGCCUGGACGGGCGCCGAUCGGCGCCGUGCCCGGAUUACGGCCACGUGCGGAUGCCGGCGCCCUACCCUGCGGCCGACUUUUACGACGACGAUGACGACGACGAAGACGCUGAGAGCAGCAGCAGUAGCGUGCUGUCGGACUCUUCGCCUUCGUCCUCGUCCUCGUCCUCACCGGCGCAGAGCCGCUCGAGCUCGCCGGAAUCGACCGAGUCUGAGCGCGAGUUCCAACGCCAGUACGUGACCCUCACGCAUCGCAUGAUCCACCGGAAGGCGAGCCUCGAAAUGUACCGCCGCAUCGCGCACCGCUGCUUUGAGGCCACUAAGACCGUGCGGAUAGAGAAAAGCAACGGGGAGUUCGGGUUCCGGAUUCACGGGAGCCACCCGGUCGUAGUUUCGGCCAUCGAGAAAGGGACGCCUGCUCAGUCAUGUGGCUUGGAGGUGGGCGACAUCAUCAUCAGCAUCAACGGCAUCAGUGUGCUGGAUGCGAAUCAUUCCGAAGUGGUUCGGAUAGCUCACGCCGGCACCGAGGUGCUGGUGAUGGAGCUUGCCCGGACGUGCCACGUGCUCACGCCCAAGGUGAAGGAGCACCCUCCCAUCAUGUGGGGCUACCUGCAGCGUCUCAGCAGCGGGGGCCGCAGCAAACGCUGGUGCCGGCGCUGGUUCGUGCUCAAGCCCGACAACCGCCUCUACUGGUACAAGAACGAGCACGCCUACGACAUGGUGGGCGCCGUGAUGCUGGAGGCGGUGUCCGUCAGCCGUGUCGUCGAGGCCGGGGCCGAGCACGCCUUCAAGGUCGUCAAAUCGCCGGGGACCACAACCAACUCCAACGCCAUCUACUUCGCGGCCGACGACGAAGAGGCCGCCGGAAGAUGGAUCAGUGCCUUGAACCAAGUCGCCUGCAUUGCAUCGAGGGGUACCUCGUACAUGGACACCGUGGUCAGCAACAUGCACUCGCCGUGCGGUUCCCUGCCAGACCCCGACUGUCAGGGCUACCUAUGCAAGCUCAGUCAGCAGUGGAAAUCUUGGAAGAAGAGGUUCCUCGUGCUCAAGGACGCCUGCCUGUACUUCUACAAGGAUCGGAAUGCUCCAGUCGCCGUGGGCGCGUUUCUUCUUCACGGUUAUCGCGUACAGAGCUGCUCUAUGACCGGUAAGAAGAACACGUUCGAGGCGAUACCCCCCGAACCUUUGAUGCGGCAUCUGAGAUUCCUGGCUGACACCGAGUACGAGAAGAAGCGGUGGCUCGCUUCCAUGGAAUAUUCUAUCGACCGGUGGAUAAAAGUUUGAUGGUAGUUUAAAUUGUAGUUUAAUGGUGCCAAAAGCAGCUCCAAGAUGGAUUUCUCUCCAACGGUGGCUCGGACAACUUUACGUGCGGUGUCCAACGCGACCUCGACGGAGGAAGGCACGGAAGAACAAAGAGAAGACCAAGCGAGAAAGAGAGAAUGAACGAUGCGCACACGUCUAGAUUGCAGCGAUAUAGCCCGGACCUUGUAUUCGGUGGGACUGCGUCUUCGAGUGGAUACACCUGAAGAAGACGUGCCAGAACCCCGAGAGAAGAUAGCGCAGUUUGUUGUGUUGUGCGCGGUUUGCGACGUAAGUUGUGUUUGAGGCGUCGUUCAAGCUAUAAGAGGACACUAUUAUAUUUAGGAAUCUUGAAAUUGGGUGUCUCUUCGCGGAGUUCGCCCCUCGUUAACAGUUGUGCAUUGUUGUCGUCUUCUCUUCCGAAUGGCGUGCGUUUCCGUACGGGGGUCAACAAAACAAACCCUUAGCUGCGCGCGUCGUGAAAAAAAAAAGUCCCAGGCGUUCUAACAAUGGCAUUGCGUAGACCAU